GUGUGUGAUAUUAUUAAACUUGAAAUUUGAAAAAUGAGCGAAGACGAAAUAGAAAUGCCUACAACUCGGGUACUGUAUCGGCAAUCUUCUGUUGAAACUCGUCUUUCCCCUAUACAUCUCUCCGAGGAGGAUGAAUCAGAUGACGAAAAUCCUAAGGUGGUGUUUAUGAAGAAGAAAACAUCAGGUGCAGAUAUCGAUAAAGAAAAUUUUGCUGAUGAAUUACAAAAGAAACUUGUUAUGGGAUCUAAGGAUCCAGGAAAUACAAAUAAAUUAGUAAAUGAGCUUGUGGAUACGAAUGUAUAUGCUAAAGAAAUUGAAAAGGAAGUUCAAAUGUUCAAAGAGGACGAGUUUUCAGAAAUUGGAUCUAUAAAAGCUCUUUCGUUAAAGAAAAAAGUAGUAGAAGAAGAAAAAGUGGGUGAUCCCAAAAAAGACACAGACAUGGCGACUGCCAGACCAAAAUCGCCUCGCCCAGUUGUGCCCAAAGUCGAGAAAGACGAAUCGAUUUGGGACAAAUUAGGAACGUUGGGACGCAAAAAGCGUAUCAAGGAAGUGCAAGAAGUACAAGCUGAGGGCAAAUAUGCAAUUGAUUCACCUGGCAGAGCUGCAAAUGCAGCAAUAUCUCCAGAGGAUUACAAUUUGGAUGAAAAUGAAGAAAGGAUGAUGAUAGAGCCUAAAGCCUACUCUGAUCCCAGAUUCAAGGAACUCCUUGCUGUAUUAAUUGAGUGGAUUAAUGAUGAAUUGGCUGCCCAGAGAAUCAUUGUUCAAGAUUUGUCUGAGGAUCUGUAUGAUGGCCAAGUUUUGCAGAAAUUAUUAGAAAAACUUACAGGGGAUAAACUUGAUGUGCCUGAGGUUACUCAAUCUGAAGAAGGUCAACGCCAGAAAUUGUCUGUUGUUCUUGCACAUUUCAACCAUGUUCUCGGUGUGCAAAGACUGGGUCAUAAGAAGUGGAGUGUUGAUGCUAUUCAUUCCAAAAAUAUUGUGUCCAUUAUCCACUUAUUGGUUGCUUUAGCCAGACAUUUUAGACCUCCAGUACGUUUAACUGAAAAUGUUACUGUAAAUGUAACAGUUGUUCAGAAGCAGUCAAAUCAAUUGACUCACAGAAUUGUUAAGGAGAAACUUACAACAUCCUAUGAUGAUGUUGGUAUGAGAUGUGAGAGGGAUGCAUUUGACACAUUAAUCGAUCAUGCCCCUGACAAAUUGCAAGUGGUCAAAAAGUCUCUGGUGACAUUUGUUAAUAAGCACUUGAACAAAAUCAACUUUGAAAUCACAGAAAUAGAAACGCAAUUUCACGAUGGAGUUUACCUCAUCAUAUUAAUGGGCCUCUUGGAAGGUUUUUUUGUGCCACACCAUGCGUUUAAUCUAACUCCGCGCGAGUUUGAUCAGAAAGUUCAUAAUGUCAAUUUUGCCUUUGAACUAAUGGAGGAAUGUGGGUUGCAACAUCCCAAAGCCAGACCAGAAGAUAUAGUAAACCAGGAUCUUAAAUCUACUUUGAGAGUUUUAUAUAACUUGUUUUUGAAGUACAAAUUAAAUCCUUAAAAAAUAAAAUAACUAAAUGUGCCUUUAAAACUGCCUUUUUUAAUGUAGUGAUAUAAAAUAUUAUAAAAAAAUUAUAAUAUGAUUAACUUUUUAAAAUUGUAUUGUUUUUACUAAUGUACAUACAUAAUAGUAUUAAUUUUAUUUAAUUACGUCUAAUAAAUAUUAUUUACUAAA